AUGUCUUCACCAGAGUCAUUCCACCUGUUCUCAUCACUGCCUACCGAAAUACGACUCGAAAUAUGGCAAUAUAACUGUCACCAGCCUCGCGUCGUUGAAGUCACCUACAACUCAGAACAAGACUGCUGCUGGACCACCUCAGCACCACCCGCCAUCCUCAGCGCAUCCCACGAAUCACGCAACGAGGGUCUCCGAUUCUACAAGAAGCUAUUCGGCACCAAGACCCAUGAAGCGAGGAUAUACUUCCACCCGGGCAUAGACACGCUCUACCUGCCCCGACCGACAGACAUGGGCUACGACAACAACUCGCGCGACUUCGCCCAGCUCGUCACCGGCACGGCCGAGGUGCUCAACCUCGCCAUCGACCACGUCAAGCCCGUCAUCCGGAGGCCCUGGGAGACGUACAACAAAUACGUGCUAAUGCAGAGUUUUCCCCAAGUCAACGAGGUGUCCCUCGUCAUCGGCACGCCGUCGGAAUCCGAUUCUGAGCCGGAGGGCAUACGGCAUGGCUAUCUGCAAAUGGCAGAGCCAAACGGCGACCCUGUGUCGAUAUGCAGGCUCCUAGCUGAUCUCAAGGAGUCGUUCUCGUACGAGGUGGGCGCGAGCUUCGAGACGGAUCAUAAUGAGGAGGAGGGUGGGUUAAAAUCACCUCCAAUCGUGCUGAAGUCGAUCGCCACCAAUUAUCUGCCGUUGCUUUGA